UUGAUGACACUGACAGUUUCUUGAUUUGUAGCAGUUUUUGUUGGUGUUUAGACAACUGAGUAGCUUUUUGCAGAUAAAAUAAGCAAGUAACAGUUAACUUGCUUUCAAAUACUAUAAACCAGUAACUCGUCUGUAAAGGCUUUCAAGAAUGUCACAAAACUCUCAGAUAAGAAAUUCAAACUCAGUACCUGGCGAAAAAACGAGUAUACAUGACAUGCUAAAGGAUACACCGGCCCAAGAAAGCAAAAACAACCAUCCAACACACUCGGGAGUUACGGCUUAUUCUCGCUCAAUACCCAACACUUUGUCCAACAGCAGUAGCUCGCCAGCCAUUCUUACUCCCUCAUCGCCUACUCAAAGCAAUGAAGCCACGAUUCUGAAAACAUCUUCCCGAAUUGAGAACCUCAAGAAUUGGUCUAUAUCCACUUAUAAAUGCACAAAGCAACUGAUGUUCGAGAAACUGGGAAAAACGGCCAGAACGCACGAUGCAGAACUUGAGACUCAGAUCGAUCAGCUGCGUGAAACUCAAAAGAAAUAUAUAAAUAUCUUGCGUUUAGCCAGAGCGCUAACAAGUCACUUCUAUCAUGUGGUCCAAACCCAGCACGCCUUGGGGGAAGCCUUCUCAGAUCUUGCUCAAAAGUCUCCUGAGUUGCAAGAAGAAUUUCUGUAUAAUUCUGAGACUCAACGAAAUUUAACAAAAAAUGGCGAAACACUUCUAGGUGCUUUAAAUUUUUUCACUUCAUCAGUGAACACUCUGUGUCAUAAAACGAUUGAAGACACUUUACAAAGUAUUAGACAGUAUGAAGCUGCUAGGAUCGAAUACGAUGCCUAUCGUACAGAUCUGGAAUCACUUUCAACUAAACCUGAGGGAACUAUUGGCUUAGAGGAGGCACAGCAAGGCUACGAACUGCAUAGGCAGAACUUUAUGAAGCUGAGAGGCGAAGUUGCCAUUAAAAUGAAAUUCCUAGAUGAAAAUAGAAUUAAAGUAAUGCACAAGCAACUGCUUCUAUUUCACAAUGCUAUAUCGGCAUAUUUCUCUGGAAACCAACAGGCGUUGGAGGCUACAUUAAAACAGUUUAAUAUUAAGGUGAAGGCACCCAAUUCAGCUUACCCUUCUUGGUUAGAACAAUAGCUUAUGUCUGAUGGUUUUUCAAUGAUUUUUAGUCACAAAAAAUGCCUUUAUUCAUUUUGACUAAUAUACCAGUAUUGUUCAGUUAUGCAAGAAUCUCAACUAUUGAUAAAGUUUUUUUUACUUUGGAUCUUAACCAUGAUGUAUGUAGUUAGAUAGGUACUUAUUUGCUGUGAUUAUUAAUUUUUUUGACUUUUUCCUUCAAGUUUUUUGCAUUUAGUAAGAACCAAGGUUGAAAUUUGGUGCAUUUAUCUAGUCAUUCAUUUUACCAGGUAAAACCAUUUUCCAUAGAGUACUUUCAUGUUUGCAGAUUUAAAAAGAUUAUUGUUCCGAAACAGCAAAUCAUAGAUUUAUUAUUUGUUUGAUCUGACAAUUUAUUAAAUUAUAUAUUUAUAUUAUUUAAUCUAUGCAGGACUAUUUAAUGUGUGUGAUGUGCAAGUUAUAGACAAUAUUAUAUAAACCAACCAAAAGAAUUAUUUAUUUCCUUUUACAACUAAAAGCAUAUUGAUCAGCUAAUGUAAUAAUCAUUAAGGGACUAGGCAGUAUUUAAUCAUCAACACAAAACAUCAACGCAUUCCUGCAGAUCAGUUCAGUCCAGUCCCGGGACUAAUUCAAAUUGCCUGCUUCAAGCUUUAAUUUAAUGCAUUGCCAUAUUAGAAUAUAAGAUGUACAUCGUAUUUAGGUACUAAGAAUUUUUCUAAUACUUUCAGUUUAAUUACUCGAAUUACUUACUGUUAUAGUUUUGUGCUAAAAUAGUAUUCAUUGUCAUGUUUUAUAACAUUUUUGUUAUUUAUAUUUUAUCAAGCGUUUUUAUUUUUGAAUAUAAUAAUUUCAGUUAGA